CCUCUCUCCAAUCUCCCUCUCCUUUAACCACAGCAAUGCCACCGCCGUCUCCGCCCGUCGCCUUAGUCUAGGCUCUUCAUCCCUUAACCAGCGGAAUCCUUCUAAAUUCGUCAUCAAAGCCCUCUCCACUCCUUCACCAGCCUUGAUCCAAGAUGAUCUCAAGAAACUGGCUGCUGAUAAAGCCGUGGAAUAUGUUAAGAGUGGUAUGGUUCUUGGGUUGGGUACUGGUUCAACCGCCGCCUUCGUGGUGACCAAGAUCGGCGAUUUGAUCAAGUCUGGCGAGCUUACUGAUAUCGUCAGUGUGCCCACCUCGAAGCGGACUCAGGAGCAAGCUGCUAGCCUUAACAUUCCAUUGUCAACCCUCGAUGCCCACCCUCAUCUGGACUUGGCCAUAGACGGAGCAGACGAGGUCGACCCGAAUCUUGAUCUGGUUAAGGGCCGUGGUGGGGCCCUUUUGCGUGAGAAGAUGGUUGAAGCCGCCUCGGAUAAGUUUGCGGUUGUGGUAGAUGACUCGAAGCUGGUGGACGGCCUUGGUGGGUCGGGUCUGGCAAUGCCCGUGGAAGUGGUGCAAUUCUGUUGGAAAUACAAUUUGUUGAGGCUACAGGAGUUGUUCAAGGAAGAAGCGUGCGAAGCAAAGCUGAGAUUGGAUGGUGAUGGGAAGCCUUAUGUGACUGAUAACAUGAAUUACAUUGUGGACUUGUAUUUCAAGACGCCCAUAAAGGAUUCGACUGCGGCCGGUAAGGAAAUUGCGGCUUUCGAAGGGGUGGUUGAGCAUGGGUUGUUCUUGGAUAUGACUACUGCCGUCAUUAUUGCUGGUGGAGACGGAGUGAGUAUCAAGUCCAAGUGAU